UUCAUUGGAUUUCGUCUUUGACCGACGUUGUGGUUCAAAGACAGAAUCCCACAAACACCAACCCAAUAAAAUUCAAAAUUUUUUAUUUUCGUCUCGCAAUUCCAACUCUUUCUUGGCAUUGCCUUCCUCUCCUUGCGCCAUUGUUUCUCUUUUUCCUCCCCUUCCCCCUUGUCUUCUUCUUUCUUCUGCCACACAUUUUGUCAUAUACGUUACGGGCAUCGUGUUUUAUUUCCUCUGAUUCUGAACCUCUGAACUUCUGAAGAAGAAGAAGAAGGUGGGGUUGUUUUUUUUGUAGAUCUUUUCCCCCAAUUUCAUGAGAUUGUAGUGUUUCUGGGUCAUGGAUGGAGCGGAAAUGGAGCUUGAGCGACGGAGUAAGUUUCUGAAUGGGCUUAUUUUGAAGAAGAAGGCAGGGGAACAGCAAGAGCAGCGCGAUCGUCUCAAUGUUCGCGUUAGAGCCUCCGAUAUGGCCUUUCCUCUGCAGAAUCGCGCUUUUAGUUGCGCUCGUGAACUGCUCGAUUCGAUGCCUGGGAAGCUCGAUAGCAAACGUCUUGCUCUUGCCCUUAAAAAGGAAUUUGAUUCCUCCUAUGGUCCGGCUUGGCAUUGCAUUGUGGGAACUAGCUUUGGAUCCUAUGUAACACAUUCCCUUGGUGGGUUCUUGUAUUUUUCGAUAGAUAAAGUUUAUAUCCUUCUCUUCAAAACGGCAGUGGAGCCUUUAUCUCGUGGAGCAUCCUUGAAAGAUUGAGUUUCUCUAUUAUAUUCGUCGAACGGGUAUCAAAUUUUAAGUCAUGAGCAAGAACAACCAGGUUCAGCCAUACUAUUCUUUUUUGUUGUAUCAUUGACUUUACCGUGUUAAAGUGAUGUGAGUUGUGCUUGUGCAUUGAUUUUACUAGUGAAUUGUGAAAUUUUUGUUGUGUGCUGUCCAACACCAAGGAUUUGUGAUGUUAUCUUAUAUUCAUGCUUUAUUUUGGUUCAAGGGAGUAAAUAAAAAGUUGUAUGACAAUAUAUCGAUUUA